UCCAUUUCUGAACUGAGGAGACGCCGCCGCGCUCGCGUACAGCACUCGCCUUUUUUUAAAUAUACACGUUUAAGUAAAUAAAGUCGGUUCGGUUUCGCAUAUUUGGGCCUUUGCCUAAAAAUAGCGAGUGAAACAGCACACAUUGUGUGUCGUGGAACGCUGUUUGAGUUAUAGCUAGAGCUGAAGCUAGCAUUUUAUUUCCCAUUUUAACUUUACAGAGCGGCGUUUUCCGCCGUUUUUUUUCUUUUCGCCGCCCCGCUCACUCUACCCCCUUGUGUGUGAGUGGGGGCCUGUAACGUCGGUUUAGCCACGAGGCGCGUCGGUAGUGUCGGAUAAGAGCGAUGGCGGAGUUCGGCAACGGACUAGCAGAUGAAUCUCUACUAGAUUCAGAUCCCGGACAUCCCGAACUGGAAGACCCAGGUGUCGGUGACGAAGAACCGGGGUUAGAAGAGGGAGAGGCCGCAAUUGAAGACCCGGAACUGGAGGCUAUAAAAGCCCGAGUUCGAGAGAUGGAGGAAGAGGCAGAAAAGCUGAAGGAGCUACAGAACGAGGUGGAGAAACAGAUGAAUCUCAGUCCCCCACCAGUUGGUCCUGUCAUCAUGUCCAUCGAGGAGAAGAUGGAAGCAGAUGGGAGAUCUAUUUAUGUUGGCAAUGUGGAUUACGGUGCUACAGCAGAGGAGCUUGAAGCUCACUUCCAUGGCUGUGGUUCAGUAAACAGAGUCACCAUUCUGUGUGACAAAUACACAGGGCAUCCCAAGGGGUUUGCUUAUAUUGAGUUUGCAGACAAAGAGUCUGUUAGGACAGCUAUGGCUCUGGAUGAAUCCCUUUUCAGAGGAAGACAGAUAAAGGUGGGAGCCAAGAGAACAAACAGACCAGGAAUCAGCACCACAGAUCGCGGGUUUCCUCGGGGCCGGUUCCGAUCACGGGGCGGAGGAGGAAGCUUCGCCUCGCGUGCACGAUACUACAGUGGUUACACGCCACCUAGAGGCAGAGGACGGGCCUUCAGGGGCCGAGGGCGAACAACAUCGUGGUAUUCCCCUUACUAAACACCCCCCCUCCCCAGUACUCCCCUUACUAUCAGUCCUCCCCUCCCAUCUCUGUUCCAUUUUAAAACACACACACACACACCCACCCACACACACACACACACACCCACACACAAUGAAACUUCUCCCCUCCCCACCAAAAAAAAGAAGAAACCACUGAGGAGAGGAAAAAAGACAAAAAAUGGAAAAAAAAAAAAGCGAAAAAAAAAAAAAAACAAACAACACAAACCCCUCUCCUGGACAGAGAGACUGGCUGGCCGCAGUGUGAGAUUGUGUGAGAGCGUGCGUGUGCAGAGCUUGAUGCGGUCACACCUGGUAAGGUAAACCUCGGUUGGCCAUUGGUGGGGGUGGGGGGAGGUGAAACAUCUGUUGGGUUUCUUUUUUUUUUUUUUUUUUUGUUUAUUUUUGUUUGGUUUCUGAAUGGGAGGGAAGGGUUGGGGAAAAGAAAAAAGAAAAAAAAAGCGGUUUAAAGAGAAAGAUGGUAUCUCAGGCUGCAGAUGUGUCUCCUUUGGUCUGGCUGUGACCUCCUGCUUUCACACCAUCACCAGUACAGCCCACCCACUCACCUUCCACUGCCAUCCAAAAAAAAAAGGGGAGGGAGGGAAGAGAGGGGGAAAAAAAGGAGGGAGGGCAGGAAGAAGGAAAGUUGAUGUUCGAUUUUUUUGUUGUUGUUAGCGCAUCAGUGUGAAACGUCCACUAGCUUUUGAGUGUUUGUUGUUGCAAUUUUUGUCGUUUGGAGUUUGUCAUUACCUCCUGAUCCCCCCUUCCCCUUACCCCACCCUGACUCACCCUUUCAACCCCUUUUAUCUGCUUUCUCCCUCUUGCACCCUACCCCCUAAAAUGUAUUUUAUUUAUGGAUGGUCUGCUGUCCAGUGAAGGACUGUAGGAUUGUUUUUUUUUCCCCUCCCCACCUGUUUUGUAGAUGAAGUAACUUUGUUUUCCCCAAAUCAGGCAUGUUUCAUUUUUUUUAUUUUUAGUACUUCCCCCUUCAUUUUCCCCCAGUGCU